AUGGGCGGCCUGCGAGCACUAACGCAACUCACGUUCAUUGCCGGUGAGCUGAAGAAGGGCUCAGCGCGCCUCGGGCCGAGCCCGGUGCCGCCCCACCCGCUGAAUCGAGUGGUACCUUCCAAGGUUGACAUCAACCCCGCCAUAUGGACAGCAAAACGACACCUCCGCGGCCUCUUUCAGACGCUCACCUUCGCGAGAUUAGGAAGUUUACCAGCGUUCGGUUCCAUCAUUCGCGAUUCGACAAGAAUUGCCAUCCCCAGAGAGCACGCGACGAAUACACGAAUGAUGGCUCCUCACAACUUCUCAUUCAACGAAACGACGGACGAAGAGACAAAAUACGAAAAUCAAAUUUUUGGGUAUAAAGCUUACAAAUACGCCACGAUGAAUUAUACUGCGGACAAGCCAGCUGUUUUCCAAGUGCCGGGAUUCACGCUGUUCGAGAACUUCGAAACAGGUGCACAUAUGAAAGUGCAACCGGGCGAGAGUGUGAAGUUCACCCCGGGCCUGUACAUAUGCGUGAGCCUUGUACAGUCUCCCGAAAAAGCUUAG